AUGGCUUUUUCCAAAUAUCUAACUCCACCGUGUGCCAUCUUUGUUGACUUGGACGAAGUGCCGGACGCAAAGUCAUUUUUUUCCAGCAACAACACGUUCAGACCACGAAGAGUGGCAUCGAGAGCGGCACCGGUACCUGUUGCACCUCCUCCGACGAUGAUUAAAUCAAACUUGGACUGGGCAUCUUUGGUGGAUAAUUCCUCGGCCAAUUUUGUGACCGGUUCCCCCAGUUUUUUUAAAAAAUCAUCCCUUGCGGGGGGUUUCUCCACAUUGGUAACGAUUGGCGGAAACUUGGAUUUAAAAUCAACCAACGUAUCGUUGUGGAUGGUUUGCAAAUACGCGCCACCUAAGCCCAACGCUAGCGCUGAACAAGCGCCAAUCUGA